AUGGACAGCAGCAAUAUUGGGACAUCACCACUAACACAGAGGCAGAGGCAGACAGAGGCAGAUCCGGGUUCUUCCCACCUGGAGGACAUCACCACUAACACAGAGGCAGAUGUUCUUCCCACCUGGACAUCACCACUAACACAGAGGCAGAUCUGGGUUCUUCCCACCUGGAGAGGCAGAGGUUCUUCCCACCUGAAUGUGGACAUCACCCCUAACACAGAGGCAGAUCCGGGUUCUUCCCACCUGGAGGUUGAGGACAUCACCACUAACACAGAGGCAGAUCUGGCUUCUUCCCACCUGGAGGUUGUGGACAUCACCCCUAACACAGAGGCAGAUCUGGCUUCUUCCCACCUGGAGGUUGAGGACAUCACCACUAACACAGAGGCAGAUCUGGCUUCUUCCCACCUGGAGGUUGUGGACAUCACCCCUAACACAGAGGCAGAUCCGGGUUCUUCCCACCUGGAGGUUGUGGACAUCACCCCUAACACAGAGGCAGAUCUGGCUUCUUCAUACCUGAAUGUGGUGGACGUCACCCCUAAUACAGAGGCAGAUCUGGGUUCUUCCCACCUGAAUGUUGUGGACAUCACCCCUAAUACAGAGGCAGAGCCCAUCUCUUCCCUCUUGGAGGUUGUGGACGUCACACCUGAAGAAAGGACUCUCACGAUGGCCGUCUUCGCCACUCUGCCAGCUGACAUCCAAGCAGAGGAUGUUGCUGUGGUCAUCCCGGAUGUCACCCCACACGUCACCAAGGACGUAACACUGGAUGUUCCAUGCAGAGCUAGGAAAGGGGCAGUCCUGCGAUUGUUUUGCAGGCUUUGGAGGGCAGUGUGCUGCUGCGCCUGCCACAAGGAAGAGGAGGAACAAUAUUAAUUAUUCAUCACACCUGCAGAAAUGGGAUUGAACCAUAGACCAUUAAAUUAUUCGCAUUUUAUUUUCUAUAAAAAGCAUUUAUUUUCUAUAAACUUUCACUUUGCAAGUGUGGAGUAGGUUGUGUAAAUAAGUGGGAAACAUCCCAAUUUUAAUGCUUUGAAUAAUUUACUUUGUACAUUAAAAAAAUAUGUAUUAUUUCACA